AUGGAGUCGGACUUCAUGUAUGCCCUCUCCGUCGACCGGACGGUGGUCGCCGACCCCACCAAGACGGCGGAGUGGUCGGCGAAGCGGCUGGUGUGGGUGCCACACGAGUCCCUUGGCUUCGUCGCCGCCAGCAUCAAGGUGGAGCGCCCCGAUGAGUACGAGGUGGAGAUCGUCGAGACGAACAAGAAGGCGGUGGUGCCGAAGGACGACGUGCAGAAGAUGAACCCGCCGCGCUUCAACAAGGUCGAGGACAUGGCCGAGCUCACCUGCCUCAACGAGGCCUCGGUGCUGCACAACCUCAAGGACCGCUACUAUUCCAGCCUCAUCUACGUAAGUUGA